AUGGCACAUCUGGCCAAAGCAAUGACAAAGGACCCUCGAUCCCUGUUUUGCACGACCUUCCAACAAUUGUACUGCCCUGUGUUCAGAAUGUACCUGAGUCAAAAAGGAUUAGAUAUAAGUGCUCCAAGUAUUGUAAAUGCUGCACCCGAUGACAUGUUAAUAACUAAAUUUGAGUGGUCGUUUGUCGACUACACGUGGAGAUCUGAAGAUCAUAAGAAACAGUACACAGAAAAUGGUGACUACGAUUUAACAAAAAUAAUUCUCAUUGACGUCGAUCAUGCACCGGACGGACGAACUUUCGUGACGGCUGAAAAGAAUAAAGGUGUUCCGGUAACUUUAGCCACCAUAUCACAGGUGAUGGGAAAAGGUGGACCUCUUCUUACGCCCUAUCCAAACUGGGAUUACUAUGAACAAAAAGACAUAUGUCAAGGCAUUAUCAAUGUGUACAGAAUUACCAUUGAUACCUGCAACAGAUUGUGGGUGCUAGAUAAUGGAUGGAUUGGCCAGAACCAUACGUGUCCAGCCAAAUUAUUAGCAUUUAAUCUUAGAACGGAUCAUGAAGUCGUUAGACACAUUUUUGAUGACGAUGUGGCCAGAGGUAAAAAUGGAGUUAGUUUACUAGUGACACCGAUAAUCGAAACAAAUCGCCGUUGUUACAGUGUUACGGUGUACAUAGCUGAUGCUUUAGGACAUGGAUUGGUAAUUUUCAAAAACGGUACCACAAUUCGAUUGGAAGGUGACGUUUACGCUCCUGAGGAAGGAAACACAAAAGCCUCUAUAGCUGGAGAUGUGCUCAGUUUAGCGGGUGGAGUGACAGGAAUGGCUCUGUCACCGAGAAAAGAUAAAAAGCGUACCUUGUUUUUUCGACCUUUAUCUUCUUUGUCCAUUUACGCGGCUGAUACGAAAGAAUUAAAAAAUAGCUUCUGUGGCGGUACGGUAAAUUACACGAGGGGUACCAAUAUUUUGCCGAGCCCGGCAACAGCCAUGGCAUUUAGUCCAUACAAUGGUGUGUUGUUUUACGGGCUCCCCAACCAAACUUCAAUCGGUUGCUACAACAUGAAGAAUACUCUGGAGCCGAAAAAUCUCGGAAUUGUGUUAACCGACACCAAGAGACUUCCAUUCGUCAGUGGGAUGAAAGUUAAAAGAAGACGAAGAAAUCUACCAAAAAGUGAUUACUUGUUAAUGAUGACCAAUAGAUAUAAAAAAUUUGCUUCCGGAACCAUGAAUUUCAAAAAAAUUAAUUUCCACGUCGUAGUAGCUCAUGUUUAUGGACUUAUACGGAAUACAUCGUGUCUUGUCAACGUAUAG